AACGAUAAGAAUUUGUAAAAAAACAGAUAAAUGUCACUGGUCAGUUAUCAGUUCAAUUCAAAGCUUCAAUUAGACAACACAACAUAAAAUUUAAUUCUCGUUUUGGAACUAAUUUUAAAAUAAAACUUAAUAACUAAUUUAAAAAAAUCUAAAGUGUUUUAAAUUCAAAAAUGAACCUGAGUUAUUUGUUCUUAUUUGCAAUAGUACUUGAAAGUGCAAUUGCUACUCGCAAUCAUAAUAAUGAAGCAAUUGCAAGGAGAUGGCAACGCAGACAUCAAGACAUAGCUUUGGCAGAUUCGGAAACAAAAUUAGCGGAAGAAUAUGCCAAUCCACUUCCAAAAGAUGCUAAUGACAACUCAAAUUUUCGAAGAUUUCUUCGAUGGCGCAUAAAAGAUUGUAAGAAUGAAAAGGAAAAGCAAGCUGAUGCUAGAAAUGUCGACAAUAGUUUAAAAUGUGAAAGACAAAAAAUUCGUGAAUUACGCAGACAAAAUAAUGAGAAUGAUAAAGAAGUGACCAAUAAUAUUAAAAAACAUGAGAACCAUCGUCCUCCAGGCUGGUACCAUAAAUCAAAUGAGCCUCAAUCAGAUGAUCGAAAUGACAACGUGACUCCUGAAAGACAUACUUAUAAUUUAAGAAGACGUGAAAAUAAAAACUUUAAUCAAAAGUCUAAAAAUGAAUUAAUUGAUCAAAAUGAAAACCAAAUCAAUAAUGAGGAAGUGAAGCCUCGUCGUAGUUGGUAUCUAAGAAGACAUCAAAGCAGACCAAAAGAAGCUUAUUCUGGUUUAAAUCAGAUUAAAAACCAAAACCUUAAAGUUGCAGAAAUGGAAAAUGUUUAUGAGCAACGAAAAAUCCAUCACCAUCACAAUCGCAAGUCAACAACACCUACAACAUUUGUUUCACAUACUUCAACUGAUAAUUUUAAUGAUAAUUUAUAAAUAGCUAUCAGGCAAGAAUUAAUAUUGAAAUAAAAAACUUCCGAAACACCAUUAAAACUGAUAAUCAAUUAUAUUAAUUAA